CAAAGCUACCUGAGAUCAGGAAGUCUCUCUAAAUCUAAACUCUCAUCUGGACAGUGGUCAGCUCUGAUCUUCAUGUUGCUGACCUCAGAGAAGCUGGAUGUGUUUGACCUGAAGAAAUACAUCAGAUCAGAUGCAUCUCUUCUCAAACUUCUCCCAGUUGUCAGAUCCUCUAGAACAGCCCUGCUGAACGAAUGUAAACUCACCAAGAAAAGCUGUGAGGCACUAGGUUCUGUUCUCAAAUCAAACUCUUGCUGUCUGAGAGUGCUGGACAUGAGUGGCAAUAAACUUCAGGAUUCAGGAGUGAAGCUGCUCUCUGCUGGACUGGGGGAUCCACACUGUAAACUGGAGACAUUGAAGCUGGCAGGCUGCAGCAUCACAGAGGAAGGCUGUGCUUCUCUGGCUUCAGCUCUGAGGUCAAACCCCUCCCACCUGAAGGAGCUGGACCUGAGUGGAAAUACUCCUGGAGUCUCUGGAGUAGAGCUGCUCUCUUCUCUAUAAACUGGAGACACUGCAGUGAGUUUUACUGAUCAGUUUCAUGAGCACACUGAUAUAGUGAUCAAUAAGCCAUUGUAGACAUCCAGACACUGGGUCAUAUUCAUUUUUUCAACAAAAA